AUGGAACACUGGUUGGUGUUACUGAUAUCGCAAAUAGUCGUACUUCAAACGCCGGGCUCGUCAACGGCUCCGUCUGAUAAAGAUUCUACAAAUGGUCCUCCAGAGGGCUACUAUGCUUUUGUGGAAUCACCAAACGCAGACCCCCCUAGGGUUCGUCCGCCUCCUUAUUCAUAUUCUUCCGUUGAAUGCAAAGACGACGAAGACAGAACGCCUCAUGCUUCGUAUUAUAAUCUAUGUGGCGAUUUGAAUAAGGGUUACAUCCCAAGAAACCCAAUGGGACAAAACGUUCUUGGAUCACCAUAUCCAUUUGAACUCUUGAAGAAUCACACAUUAAAAUUCCUUAGCAGAACUUUACCAAUUUUGAAAGCUGAUGAAACUCUCCCUAAAGUGGCACAAUAUCAAGACGAGUUCUUGAACGAAAACACGGUUGUUCCUUAUGAAGUUAACAAAAACCACGUGAAGAGGGAAACGGGACGUCAAUUACAGGAUGAUGACGAUCGCAAAGGUAAAAAGUUUUGUGACCAAGGUGGAUUCCUUUGUAUGCUUUACAAAGCCAUUAAUGGAGAACUUUCUUCUACAUCAUCAUCGUCAUCAUCAGCUUCAUCGCCUUCUUCCUCACAACUGCCUAUUGAACGAAGAGACGAAGUUCCUUUGCCCCAUUUUGAAGGACCUCCUACACCAUGUCCUGCCAAAGUAGAAUACGCCACUCCAGUGUUUGCCAAAAACUACCAAGGCAUAUGGCGCUACGUGGUUCAAAUCCCCUAUGAGGGCUAUUUUACCCAAACCGUAGAAGUUACUAGAUGUCUGCAGUCUCGCUGUCAUUAUUUGGAUGGUGGUUGUUUGUCGUCACCGCGUUGGUCGAGUCUUCUUGUGGCUGAAAUUUAUUAUCCUGACACGGUCCUCAGCGGUAGCGAUGCCGUCAAUCCACAAAGAAAUCCCGUUGCGUCGUCUCAGCCUCCUUCCGUACAAGAUUUCCAGAAUUAUCAGCAAUACCUUCAGAAGAGAGCUGGCGUUCAACAAACUUAUCCAGAAACGACAACGACCCCUAAACCUGUGCAUUGUGACGGAGUCGAUGCUCUGGGAUGCUUCCAGGUCCGACUUUACUACGACUGGUUCUUAAUUCCGGGGUCAUGUAAAUGUUGGAGACCUGAUUAUUUUAAUAAAUACGUCAGGAGAAAAAAUGUAUCGCUUAAGGAUUAAAUUGAAGUGAUUAAUGCUCUAUAUGUAGGUUUAAAGUGAUUCUGUAAAUAAAUUACCUUGUAAAGAUUUUUUUCUGUUUCGGCUAAAAAUCCCUUUGCAUUAUACUCCGAAAAUAACAACUCAUACAAAUAAAAUUAUUAUAGAGUCAGUUGACAAAGGAGUAAAAGGGAAAAUGGGUACGUGGGACUUGAAAGUGGAUACGUUUUGAUAAUAAUUUAAAAGCAUACAUUUCCUUUUAUUGAAGCAUCAAUAAAGUUAAUAGCGUAUUACAAUAUAUUUUUAUGACUUUA